AUGGGGUGUUCGUUUUCGGGAUUGAACGCGCUUUACGACGCCGUGAACGGCGGAGGAGACGUUUGGAUCAAUGAGAAUCGGUUCAGGAUCGUGAGGCAGCUCGGCGAAGGAGGUUUCGCAUUCGUCUUUUUGGUCAAGGAGAUUGUCGCCGACGCUUCCUCCGCCGCGGCAGGUGGUGGUUUGGCGAAGAAAGUCAAGGAUCCAGCUCAUCUCUCCGCUGAUGGGACAUAUGCUAUGAAGAAAGUUCUGAUUCAGAACAAGGAGCAAUUGGAGUUGGUGCGGGAGGAGAUCCGUGUUUCAUCAUUGUUCAACCACCCUAAAUUGCUUCCUCUCCUUGAUCACGCCAUUAUUUCUGUUAAGGACGGCCAAGAGGGAGCUUGGAAACACGAAGCCUUCUUGCUAUUUCCUGUUCACUUGGAUGGGACCUUGCUGGAUAAUUUCACAUCGAUGAAGGCCAAAAAGGAAACAUUCUCAACAACUGAUGUUUUGCAUAUAUUCCGUCAGCUUUGUGAUGGACUCAGACACAUGCACUCUCAGGAGCCACCAUAUGCUCACAACGAUGUCAAACCUGGAAACGUGCUUUUAACACGUAGAAAAGGACAGCCUCCUCUUGCGAUAUUGAUGGAUUUUGGGAGUACUCGUCCUUCACGGAAGCUAAUCCGCUCCCGUCAAGAGGCCUUACAGUUACAGGAAUGGUCAUCUGAGCAUUGUUCAGCACCGUUUCGAGCUCCCGAGCUCUGGGAUUGCCCAAGCCAUGCAGAUAUUGAUGAGAGAACUGAUAUCUGGUCACUAGGCUGCACAUUAUACGCAAUAAUGUAUGGAGUGUCUCCAUUCGAAUAUGCGCUUGGAGAAUCCGGUGGAAGUCUUCAGCUUGCAAUCGUGAACGCUCAGAUAAAAUGGCCAAACGCUGGACCAAAGGGCUCUUCUUAUCCUGAAGCUCUUCACCAGUUUGUGACUUGGAUGCUGCAACCGCAGGCUGCUGUUCGACCCCGCAUUGACGAUAUCAUCAUUCACGUCGACAAAUUGAUCGCAAAAUUCACCAAAUGA